GCCUUGUUCCGCACUCCCUGCACAGUGGCCGCACGUAUGAUCGUCUGGUACAGCGGGAGGGGGGGUUGGUAGAGGAGGAGGAGGAGGAGGAGGAGAGGGGGGUGGUGGGGGGGUGAAGAAAUGAGAAAGCAGGCUCCCAUUUGAGGAAGUGAAACGAUAACACAACGGCGUCUCUCGACUCAAACACUUGCCCGUAGUCUCCGCUCACCGGACACCGCGAUGCCUCCGCAGCGAGUAUUCGCCCUGCCGAGGCAACGGUCUCUGCUGCUGCCUGCGGUCAUCAACCCGUUCGUUCAAGACACCACAAUGACCAAAGCGACUAUAAUAAAAUGUGUCCUCCUGGGAAUCUUCCUGGUCCCUAUUCGCGCCGUCCUUUUGUCCCUGGUUCUGAUGGUGACAUGGCCAGUGGCUGUGAUAAUAACCCUCAACCAUCCGCUGAAAGGCACCGUGGAACCAAUGACAGGCUGGAGACGGUUCAUGUGUCGGAGCGUGAUGGCAGCUUUGGGGAGGACGUACUACUUCUGCAUGGGCUUCAGAGUGGUGGUCAAGGGCAAGCAGGUCAACAGCAGUGAGGCCCCCAUCCUGGCCGUGGCCCCGCACUCCACCUUUUUUGAUGGGAUCGUGUGCAUUGUUGCGGGCCUGCCCUCCACCGUCUCGCGUGUUGAGAACCUGGCGACACCCAUCUUUGGCAGGUUUGUGCGCUGUCUUCAGCCAGUGCUGGUGUCCAGAAAGGACCCGGACUCCAGAAAGAAUACAAUCCAGGAGAUUGAUAGCAGAGCCAAGUCAGGAGGCCGCUGGCCACAGGUUCUGAUAUUUCCAGAGGGAACAUGUACAAAUCGCUCCUGUCUCAUCACUUUCAAACAAGGAGCUUUUAUUCCCGGGGUCCCUGUGCAGCCUGUGGUUAUGAGAUAUCCCAACAAACUGGAUACAGUGUCUUGGACUUGGCAGGGUUUCAGCUCGAGGACGCUGCUGCUUCUCACUCUGAGCCAGCUGUACACCACAGUAGAGAUAGAGUUCCUGCCAACGCAUAUCCCCACAGAGGAGGAGAAGAAAAGCCCUCCUCUGUUUGCUUGCAGAGUGCGAGAAACUAUGGCCCGGACUUUGGGAGUUCCAGUGACAGACCACACAUACGAAGACUGCCGCCUGAUGAUCUCAGCUGGUGAGCUAACGCUGCCCAUGGAGGCCGGCCUGGUUGAGUUCACCAAAAUUAGCCGUAAACUCAAUCUGAAAUGGGACAAUGUGAAAAAGGAGCUGGAGGGCUACGCCGCCAUGGCCAGCUCUUGUAAAGGGGGACGGAUCACCAUCGAGGAGUUUGCCAGAUUCCUGAAGCUGCCCGUCAACCCGGCCCUCGAGGAGCUGUUUGCAUUGUUUGACAGGAAUGGAGAUGGCACUAUAGACUUCAGAGAGUAUGUUAUCGGUGUGACCAUCCUGUGUCGACCAGCUAACACAGAAGAUGUGCUUCGAUUGGCUUUCCAGCUGUUUGAUACAGAUAAGGAUGAGAAAAUCACCCGGGAGGAGUUCACUGCUCUGCUGCGCUCGGCUCUGGGCGUGUCCAAUCUUAACAUGGCCAAACUCUUCAAGGAGAUUGAUGCUGACGGCUCUGGUUUCAUCACCUUCACUGAAUUUCACGACUUUGCCAUGAUCCACCCGGAGUACGCCAAGCUCUUCUCCACCUACCUGGAGCUUCAGAGAUACCAAGCUAUCCAGGAGGCGAAUCCAGGUGAUCUGGAAUUAACCGGUCAGACCAGUUCAGCUGAAAAACUGGAAGACAGCACCUCUGACAAAAAAGAUGACUGAGACUGAGAAUGACUGAACUCUGAGAGAGACAACACUGUAGCCACUGCACAGAAAAGGAAAAAAGCAUAAGUGUCGUCUGCCUUCUGACUUUAGGCAGAUUCAAGUCAUUUGCCACAGCAGAUCCACAUUUUAAGGCAUGUGCUUGCCUUAAAAUGUGCCUUGUUAUGUCUGGGUGUGUUUUGGUUAUGUGUAAAAAAAAAAAAUAAUAAGGAUGGAAUAGGAUGGAAAUACGUUACAUGGGCCGUCAGUGUUUUUUAGAAGGGGCUGAAUUCUAAAUUCAUAGCAUAAGCAGAGCAGCACACAACCGUUCGUUAUGUAACAUACAACAUGUAUGUUGGUGCAUGUCAGUCCCAGUACGCUCACACGGCGGUUACAGCUGACGAUGGCCCCCCAGGUUAUCACUAGCUCUCACUAGCUCACAAUUAGCUGCUGCUGUUGUUUGCACGGUUAGCAACAUAGGUUGCCAUGUUGAGAGCCAUGUGGAGGCAAUCCGUCGUCACAGUUAUGCUCUGGAUUUUGAAUUAAGCGCCUUUUAACUUUAGAAGCCCUGCCAUCUUUAGAGGUUUAAAGUUAGUGACCGGGUUUUUAUCAUAAACUUAAGCUGCCAUGCCAUGUUUCUGACUUGGAUACAUCGUUCUCUGUAUCCUGAGCUUACCCUGGCUUUGACUUAGAAGAACGUAGCUCUGGGUACCUACUCCUUUUGUCUUUGUGGUCUUCUGUAAAUGAGAAAAAGAAAAAUUGCCAAAUCAACACCUUUUUAAAUAUAAGCAAAGAGUCCACAUGCUUCUGUGUUGCAGUAUAAUGAGUGUACAGUAAGCUUUGUUAAGAUCUCUCCAAUCCGGCAAACCCACAGAUGUUCUUUAUUAAAACUAUGUCUACGAAGAGCAUACAUGCUUUGCAUUCCACUUUUUUUCAGUGCUCAGGGACACAGACCGGCUGUAUAAUUAGCCAGAGGUUUGCUUUGCAUGUGUAUCUAUUUGCAUUUCCACUGAAGACGGUUGUUGCUGAGACAGCAGCACGUCUAUGUAGCUUUAAGUUUACUAAAGCAAAUCAACCACUGAAAAUAGGGCAAUUUGUGAGCAAAAAGGCAACAGUGCUUUUUCACAACAUCAUAUCCCAGCGGGGUAUAUGCUUUCAGAUUAACUAGCGGCACUGUUAUUUAUUUGGCAAGGCCCAUUGCAAUUCUGUGCUUUUUUUUCUUCUUCUCUUUUUUUGUUAACACUGCAACGUUUGCUUUUUAAAAUAAAAGUACAAUUUUAAUCUUGCCUGAAUUUUUAUAUUCACCACUGAGGGAACUAAUGACUUAUGCAUAUUUGGUCUUUAAUGAAGCAUAAGUGUCUCUGGUUCUAUAAUCCACCACCAGGUGCCAGUAGUUACCUACAAUAAUUCCAUUAUGUGUGUGCUCGCUGUUCUUAUACUUAGAUUUUUACCCUAUGUGUCAUUUUAAAUUAAUGAUAGAGCUAUUCAACAAUGAGGUUUUAAAUAACAAUUAUAUGUAUGUAUUGGUAAGGAAAAGUGUACACGAUAUGAAGGAGUUAUGUCAUCAUACUUUAACACCAGCAGACAAUUUAAGUUCAUUUUAAGUAAAUUUAAGUAAAUCUUGAAAAUAAACAUUUUCUCACAAAAACCAGAGCAAUUUCUUAAUUGUGUUACUACGACUUAUGUGCUAUAAUUGCUCAAUUUAUCUGCAUUGCAUUUCUUCAUUUGGCUUUGACCCAACCAGUUUUCAUUGUGAGGGUGCAAGAAGACUAGACACACUAUAACUAUGUGAGACUUGGAAAGCAAUGUAAUGUCAAGGAUUCUUUACUAUGUAAAAGUUUCCAUAUAUGUGAAUUUUCCUUCCAUCCAUUGGUGUUCUAGUUAUUUCUUAAACGUGUGCGAUGGUUUCUGAUUGUUUUAUAUCUGAUCUGGGGUUCCAAAUGUUGUGAACAUCUUUUCUUUUAUCUACGUUUCACCCUGGAAACUGUGAACUCAUCAAUAGCAAUGUCUGGAGUUUUUUUAAAUUUUUUUUUAUUGUUCCAGAUUAAAGACCAAGUAUAAAUAAUAAUGAUGAAAAUAAUCUGUUUCCAAGGGGUUGCAUCAAUAUUGAUCGGUUAAAUCUUUUUCCCAGUCAAUGGUGGAGGCUUUGGUUAUUUAGAUAACCUGGUCUCAUUUUAACAAUUGUUUCAUAAAUGUUAUAUUAAAAGAUACAAAUGUAUUUUUUGUGUGUUGAUUAUGCAAAGAUGUAAUGAUAUUUUUUCACUUUACUUAAAGCAAAUAACUAGAAGUAGCUUAAAAUCACAGUUUAAUGUGUUAUAAAAGUGAUUAUAAUGUAUUACAACAAUGUAAAUGUAUGUAAACUAUGAUCUUUGCAAAAAACUGUGACCAGCAAUUAUCAAAUCAAGUAUUACAAUGCUUGCCUUUAUAAUGUCAAUCAUUGUGAUUAUGUAUGAGUGCUUAUAACUAAAAUCAUAUAGUGAAAUGUGCAGAUCAUUUAGCAUUUUAUGUUUAUAAUGCAUCACAGACUUGGUAGACAUAAUUAAGAGUGUUACCACAUUUAUUAAUCGAUUAAAUAAAUGACUCUCCAAA